UGCAAUCGUUUUUCUCGUUUUGGAGUGACGAAAGGCUGGAACCUUUCAGGAUGAAAAAGGUUCACCCCAAUGCUGGUUUUAACAGCGGCGAGCCGUCCAACUUGGAGGAGACGCCAAAGGAGGAGGCGGUUCUCACAGUCUGGAAAAAAUCAUUGCUGUUAAGCUGUGAUGGGUUCACGGUGUUUGAUGGUAAAGGCGAUUUAGUAUUCAGGGUUGAUAAUUACAUGCAAAGCAACAAAAGAUCAAUCCUUUUAAUGGAUGCCAAUGGCAAACCUCUCCUCACCAUCCGCCGCAAGAAAAUGAGCCUGGGACUGGGGGACAACUGGCUGGUUUACGAGGGAGAAGAAACCACGGCGGGCCCUCGAUUUUCGGUGAAGAAAUCGGUCAACAUACUGAACAACGCGUGCUUGGCUUACGUUAUCGGCGGCGACGGUAACGAUCGGAGUAAGAAAGUCGUGUACGAGAUUGAAGGGUCUUAUUCCCAACGGCGGUGCACCGUGUUGGAUGACAACCGCAGGUUGGUGGCGGAGAUAAGGCGGAAAGAGGGUGAUGGAGGGGUUGCCUUCGGAACCGACGUUUUUCGUCUCGUUGUUAAGCCUGAUAGUAUAAGGACGGACUUCGCUAUGGCUUUUGUUAUUCUUCUUGAUCAAAUGUUCUAAGCUUACAUUAUUUCUCUUCUGCAAAUUAAACACUACAUGCAUAUGUAUGUAUGCAUGCAUGUAUGUAAUCAUUUCAUCAGUUUCUGAAUUGAAGUUAUAUUUAGUUUC